UUUUCGAAAUCGCGAUAGACAUAAAAUUUCUCACAAAAAGCCACGAUGAUUAAACAUCCCUCGAUGUUUCUCUUCGUUUACGUUCUUUUGUUCGUUCCGCCCCGUCGUGGAGGAUUCGCCAACGGGUACAGAGGACGUUACACGAGAGACGUGGAAUUCUCCGACGAGUACGAGAUCGUAGUGCCAAGGAAAGUCAGAUCGGAUGGAAAGUUUCUGUCGCAUCAAAUACCUCAUCACUUCAAGCGUUCCUUUUACGCGGCUCGAUCGAACAGGGACAUUGUUCCCGAUGACUCUGUUCACUAUCGUUUGAAAAUUGGCGACAAGGAACAUCAUCUCGAGCUGGAACCGAAUCAUCGUCUCGUCGCUCCAGGUGCCGUUAUCGAGGAGCAGAGAGGAUCGUGUAACUGUAAAAAUAAUGAAGAUUUUCUGAAAAAUAUAAAAUUGCAACGAAUGUGCGACGCACAGUGUCAUUAUCUGGGACGUGUUCGCGGUCAAUCAGAGAAUAGCGCUUUGUCCACUUGCUAUGGUCUCGCCGGAUAUAUCAGAACGAAACGGUGGUGGUACACGAUCGAGCCAUUGACCGGUCACGAUUUCACGAAAGAAGCGGAGCAUCCGCAUGUCGUUUACAAAAAGAGACCGGAUGAAUUCGGAAGGAAUAGCCAGAUGCUGUGUAACGUCACCGGCAAUAUGGGCAAAAGCAUUGCCAAGCGUGCUUUCAGCUCGCAGAAGAGGCAUCCUUCCAGGAAACAGGCCAGAUCCUACACGCUCGAACUACUGCUGGUGCUCGACAAGAUCGUUAUAGAUUAUCACAAGGACUUUGACGUUCAGAAUUACGUGUUAACGUUGCUCAACAUGGCUGCAGGAUUACUGCACGACGUCAGCUUAGGAAUACUGAUGGAACUGAGCAUCGUCAGGAUCAUAAGAAUGCAAAUCCAGGAUGACGAGAUGAGUUUAACGGCAACCAAGAACCCGGAGAAAACUUUGAAAUACUUCCAAGAAUGGCAGCAAACGAUUAACCCGAGCGACGAUUCACAUCCAAACCACCAUGACUGCGCUAUCCUGAUCACCAAGUCUAACAUCUGCGAUACGUCAAGCUCGUGUGCUUUCACCGGAACCUCGACCAUCGCCGGAACUUGCGAUCCACUGAAAGGAGCUGCGGUUGUGAAGGAUGUUGGCCUGCGCACGGGAUAUCAUCUAGCUCAUCAAAUCGGGCACACAUUAGGAAUGUCGCACGAUAUUCAAGAGAAAAAUGGCUGUCCCGGUAUUAUUCAACGUAGAAAAGGGUAUAUCGAGACCACGGUCAUGUACCCGGGAAGCUUAUACGUCACGAGGAAGUGGUCUAAGUGCUCGAGGAACUCUCUGAAUUCGUACAUCGAAGCCGGUUUCGGAUUCUGUUUGGAGGAUAAACCUUACAUUCACGAGUUUCCCAGCACGGAGUUACUUCCGGGGGUAAUGUACAACGCGGACGAUCAAUGUCGGCUGGAAUAUCGCAAGGAUGCACGAUACUGCGAUAUAGGAAUCAGCUGCGAGAGCCUGAGGUGCGCCAUUCCCGGAAGGGGUUGCGUGUCAGCCCGGAAACCACUGGCCGAAGGCACCAGUUGCGGGAAAAACAGGUGGUGUUAUGGAAUGAAAUGCCUUAUGGUCGGCGAGAGGCCAGGAGUGGUGGACGGCGAUUGGGGUGGUUGGUCACCUUGGAGUCGAUGUUCUCGAAGCUGCGGUUCCGGCGUGGCUUUCUCGGUCAGACGAUGCAGCAACCCUUCGCCUUCGAACGGUGGAGCGUAUUGUCGGGGCGCAAGAAAGCGGCAUAAAAUCUGUGCGACAAACCCGUGCGACGUUGACGCGCCCUCGUUUCGCGACGUUCAAUGCGCCGAAUUCAACAGCUGGAUCUUCCCGGAAGACGGAAAUGUUCACCGAUGGACGGCUUACAAUCUACCGGAAAAUUUGAUAGCCUCGGAGAAUCCGUGCGCCCUUUAUUGCCUGAGCGAGAGGAAGGUGGUUGCCUCCCUAAGGCCGAAAGUCAUCGAUGGCACCACCUGCUACAGGGGUAUUCGUGACAUUUGCGUGGAAGGGAUUUGCAGAGAAAUACCCUGCGAUCUGAAUAUGGAAUCGAACGCCAUCGAAGAUGUAUGCGGCGUUUGCAGGGGUAACGGAACAUCCUGUAGACUGAAGGAGGCUAUAAUAACCAUCGAAAUGGCAUCUCAACCGAAGAAAAUAGUGGACGUACCGAGCGGAGCGACGAAUAUCCGGGUUGAAGAAACCGAACCAACGAAAUCCAGGAUAAUGGUGCGGAGCAAAGACGGGAAAUCAUUGAUUGAUGGCGAUCGUUUAGGAAUGUUCGAGGUGGCGGGAUCGAAGGCGUGGCUAGGAACGAUAAGGCCGAACCAGGAGGCUCUGAACAUACCUGGACCAGUCAUGAAGGACUUGGUUAUAUUGGUUCAGCCGAAAGAGAACGUGACGGUGAAGUAUUCGUACGGUGUGAAAGAGAAGAGCCCUCGUAAGCCGGAAUUCUCGUGGGACUUUGUCGACUGGGAAAAAUGCAGCGCGAAUUGCGGCCCAGGCGAGCAGAUUUCCAAGCCUCGUUGCUUAGAAAAAGUCGCCGGCCUGGUCGACGAGAUGUUUUGCAAGAACAUCCGAAAACCGGAGGCGAAAGUGAGACCCUGUCAUCGGGCUCCUUGUUUGCCGAGAUGGAUGAUCGGUGACUGGCAAGGAUGCACAUCCUGCCUACUCGGCUGCGAGAAGCGACGAGCCGUCAAAUGCGUACGUCCUGUGGGCAACGCCGAGCAGGAUGUAGAUAUUAUCGCUGACAGCUACUGUCAAGCACCGAAGCCGAAGGAACGUGAAUCCUGCAGCGAUCGUAAGAAGCGGGACGACGACAGGACACGCGAAGAAAGGAACAAAAACGAUCCGAAUAGAAAAAGUACCGAAACUCGAACGGAAAGAAAGCAGGAUGCGAAGGAAUCUCAGAUCGUGAAGAAGGGUGAAGUCGUGAUCGAUAAAGAAGAUAUUAAAAAUUUAACUCUCACCAUCUUCCUUGAACGAGACGAAGAGACCGGUGAUUUAAACUUUCCGAAGGAUUUCGAGCCUCGGCCAUCGGCAAACAGUACCGAAUUCACUUUAGUUGGAAUGGAUGCAAUUAGAUAUAUACAAAAAAUACAAGAGAACUCUGGGAUCAGCAAAAAGCAUACUUACCUAUAAUUUAAAAUUAAAAUUUUCAUACAAGGUUCGGUUUAAAAAUUGUGAGAAUCGAAUCUAGAAAAUCGUCAUCUAUAUUUCUCCAUACUAAAAAUACAUAAUCCUACAAUAC